AUGCAAUUGACGACAGCAGCCCUGCUGCUUCUCACGACGCACGCAUUUGCCCAGAAAACCACGUGCCUACAUUGCGAAGAUGCAGCUCACGGCUUUGCCUCCCUUAACGGUGGUACUACAGGUGGAAAGGGCGGGAGGAUUGUAUACGCCAACACCUAUCAAGAGCUCAAGUCUUAUGCUGGACAAAACGGCAGUCUCAUCAUCAGAGUCAACGGUACCUUGAUAGCAGAGCCCAAGGGUUACGAGAUCCCCAUCGCUAGCCACAAAACGAUUAUCGGAGUAGGGAAGACUGCCAAAGUCAUCGGCGGAGGCUUUGCCGUCAAGGGCACUCGAAACAUCAUCCUUCGCAAUCUGCAAGUCAGCGAUACACGAAUAUCAGAAGAUUGGCCAGGCAAGACCGAAGACUGGGACGGCAUCCAAGUCGACAACGGUACAAACAUCUGGAUCGACCAUAUGACAUUUGCACGCAUGAACGACGGCCUAAUCGACCUCCGCCGCGACUCCACCUAUAUCACAGUCUCCUCCUGCAUCCACUCCGAGCACAACAAAGCCCUCGGCAUUGGCUGGACCACCAACGUCACAGCAAAAGUUACCAUCAAUGACAACUUCUUCAAUUCAACCAACGCACGCAACCCCUCCGCUGACAACCUCGAAGCGUGCCAUAUGUACAACAACUACUUCCGCAACUGCACAUCGUACGGCACGUAUGCGAGAGGGCAUACGAACUUGCUCGUUGAGCACUCGUACUACGAGAAUGUCUUCGACCCGAUCGUGGCGGGUCCAAAUGCGUCCAUCAAGACGAAUUGGGUCAAAUUCAAGGACGAUAGGGGGGAGAGGAUGUUGGACGUCAACGCAGACCGAGUCUUCAAGGCUAGUGACUUCUAUCAGUACUCGUUGAGGGAUCCGUAUGAUCUGCCUAACGACAUCCCUUAUUUUGCUGGGCCGCAGGAAGACAUUGGUAGCUAG